AUGAGUGCUAGCACUAAGCCCAAGAAAUUCGUCUGCCCCAAUGAUGCCUGCCAGAAGGGCUUCACCCGCGCCGACCACCUGCGCCGUCACAUGUUGAAUCAUGGCGACGGCGACUACACCUGUCCGCGAUGUCGCUUGCAUUUUAAGAGACCCGACCUCCUGGACCGCCACGUGGCACGACAUCGACAGAAGGAUGAAGAGGCCGGUGGCGAAGGACUCGGCAUUGUCGAGAGUCGGAAGAGGCUGUGGCGAGAUGCCAACGGUAAUAUCGUGAGGGAGCGACCCUCGCACAGCUAUCUGCGCCGACAGUGGAUGAGGAUGCAGUCCCUCGACCUGGCCCAGCAGAGUGCACAGAUCCCCGUGCUCAUGAGCUGUCUGAACUCGCCCAAGUCGGUCGAUGCCGAGAGGUCCUCGCCGUCCAGGUCCAGGUCCGGGGCCGACUCGGCCGGCGCCCAAGGUCUGGAGGCCGAGGCAUUUCCUCAGAACCAGGGCUUGAUCGAGACGGCACUGGGGUUCGACAUGUUUGAGUUUAUGGCGAGGUCGUCCUGGGACUUUUCGGCCGAUGAUUUGGACAUGCAGGUCGAUGCUCCUUUUGAUGAAGCCUCGAAUCAGAAUUCUGCGACAACCUCGUACAAUGCGCCAUUCGUGCCCGUCCCGAGUCUGGACUGGUUCGUCGAUCCCAAUGCCAAUGUCAUGUCCGGCCCCGAACAAUCAGAGUUUGGGAGUCUGCCGGUCACCGCGGGCCUCCAUUCCCAAAACAUGUCCCAUCAACCGACGGACCCGUCAUCGAGUGACCUGUUCAGCAUGCCAUCCAAUAUGGGCCGCCAGCCCACGUUGGUACCGUCACUAAACGAGCAACCGCUGCCACAGAACUCGACGGAAGCAAUAGAGACGCGAGGCGAGUCUUCGGCAACCCUGGCAAUCGGGACGAGAAAUGAAAGAGUCCCGACGGCGUCAGUCCUGGUCCCAAACCUGGAUUCGUUCUGGGAGACCGGGUCUUCGAUUUCUGCUUUGACCAGUCCAGGAUCCGCGCAAGUUACGGACCGACCGCGACCGGAGCAGAUUCCACGAUCCGAACGAGACAGCUCAUACUCUGCAUCCAGCCCGGAUAGUCUCCCCAGCCGACCGGGGACAAGUACACUUCCCCUGGAUGACAACUCCCACCAGAAAAUUUUGGGCUUGCUGCACCGUGCCGAAGCGAAAACCGCUGAUGCGAGGGCCGACACCAGCAGACAUCAGUCUCUCUUGUCCCGCGCGUCCAUGCAACACUACAUCGAGCUUUUCUUUUCCUGCUUCAACGCCUCCUAUCCUCUCCUACACAUGGCCACGUUCGACCCCUCGCGGACGGAAACGCUCCUCCUCACCGCCGUGGUGUUGCUGGGAGCGACUUUUAGCGACAACAGCAUCGAUGCCUUUGCCGACCGCAUGUACGACGCUCUGAGGGCCGAAGUGUUUCAUCGGGUGGCAUUUUCGGUGACGCCAGAGCUGUGGAUGAUUCAAACCGUGUUUUUGCUUGAAUGCUUCGGACAGAGGCAACAUGACACGGCCUUUGUAUUUCAUGGUCUCCUCGUCAAUCUAAUCCGGCGAAGUGAUUGCCUGACGGUGCAACAACCAAGAAUGGUGGAUAAACCAGAGCUCCUCGAAUCCAACUGGCGCCGGGCAAUCAGUGUCGAGCUCCAGAAAAGAGUUGCCUUUCUUUGUCUCUUUUGGGACACUCAGAAUGCCGCCCUCUUCUCCCAGCCGCUGUCCCUGUCCACGUUUGAGAUCCGCACCGCCCUGCCCUGCAGCCGCUCCGCGUGGGAGGCCACUUCGGCGGAAGAGUGGUGGAAGUACGCCAGCGAAGAGUCUCUCCUGCCGUUCCAGUCCGUGCUCACGGCGUAUCUGGAUCUGGAGUCGGGACUGAAGAUCCCGGACCUCGACGCCUUUCCCCUUCUCCUGGUCCUCAACGGACUCAUCUCCAUUCAGUGUGAAAUGAAGCAUGUCGACCAAAUGGCGUCUGGACUGAUGCACCAGACGGGCUACCUGGACACGUCCAAGUGGCGGGAACAGCUCAUUGCCGCGUACGACGCGUGGAAAGUCGACUUUGACACCUACUGCCUGAAGAUGGUCUCGUUCGACGAAAGCCACUCGCGACGAGCCCACUUUGCGCGCUUCCGGACCGCCGCCAACGCGGUCUACCACACGGCCCACAUCACGUUGAACGUCGACAUCGUCGACCUCCAGAUCUACGCGGGAGCCCGGCGUUCCGUGGGCCGCCGGGUGACGCGAUCCGACUACAUCCGAGCUCAGGGGAAUGUCAAAGAAUGGGCGCAGGCCGGCGGCUCGUCGCCGGCCGUCAAAGCGGUGUGGCACGCCGCCCACUUGCUCCGCGACAGCGUCUUCAACCUGGAGAGCUUCGACGUGCAACACACCUUCUUCUACCCGUUCCGGCUGUACAUCUCGACCCUGAUCUGCUGGGCGUUCCACUCGCUGACCGUGGUGGUGGUGCCCCCCCACCCGACAAGCGGCGAGAGACCGGACAAGUCGUCCCCGAGCAAGACGACCAACCUCGACGGGUCCACGCGGUGGCAGGCCGAGACGGAGAUGAAGGUGCUGGUGAGCAGCAUGACCAGCGUGAUGCCCGAGCGUCUCUCGCGCCUGCUGGGCAAGUACUCGACCACCGGCCUGACCACCGUCAUGGCCGAGCGGUUGAGCCGCAUCCGGUGGAUCGUCAUCCAGGAGGGCACCAAGCUGCUCAAGGACCUGGUGCCGGAGCGCAUGGCCGACGAGUACGAGGGGGUUGUGGAUGAGUAG